AUGGAUUCUAGCAAUUCAUAUAGGUUUUCUCUAAACUUUACAGACCUCUUGACUAGCCAACUAUUGGUGAAUAAUCCAGAAUCUCUUCCAUCUUUUUCUCCUCCUAUCCAAACAAGCUCAUCCCCUAUUCAAAUAAGCUCAUCACAUAUUCAAAUAAGCUCAUCACCUAUUCAAAUAAGCUCAUCAUCUAUCCUUCAGUUUAGUACACAAUUUAGUGAUGUCAAAGAGGUAGAUGAAAACUCAAGGGAAGCUAGAAUCCGAUGGACUGCCCAGGAAGAUAUUGUCUUGAUCAGUGGUUGGUUAAACACCAGCAAAGAUCCAGUCGUGGGAAAUGGGAAAAAGGGUGGUUCCUUUUGGGAGAAAAUUGCAUUCUACUAUGGAGCGAGUGAAGCAGUAGCGGGUAAACCAAAGAGAGGGGUCAGUCAAUGUAAGCAGAUGUGGAAAAAAUUCAAUGAGAUUGUCAACAAGUUUGUAGGAUGCUACAACCAAGCUUCGAGUCGGAGAACCAGUGGCCAGUCAGAAGAUAAUGUUCUCCAAAUGGCAAACCAGUUGUACGUCAAUGAUCAGAAAGUGAAGUUCUCUCUAGAGCAUGCUUGGAGGGAGCUUCACCAUGAGCAGAAGUGGUGUUCUUCUAAUGCUUUGAGAGGACAUGAAAACUCCAAAAGAACAAAGCUUGAUGUGAGUGGCACAUAUUCCUCCAGUUCAAAUACAACAUCUCAUCUUGAGGAAGAAGCUAAUCAACGCCCUCCAGGUGUUAAGGCAUCCAAAAGGAAAGCAAAUAAAAGUGGUCGUGGUACAAAAACUGAGGUUAAUUCUCUACAAAAGUUAGAGAAGGCGUGGGAGAUCAGGGAGAAAGAAAUAGCUGCGAGAGAAAGAAUUUCCAAGCAACGACUUUUAGAGAGUCUAGUUGGCAGAACUGAUCUGCCAGAGCCUAAAAUCAACCUGAGAAAGAACCUAACUGAUGAGAUGUUAGGAUAG